AUGGGUGAGCCCAACUCCAAAGAGCUUCUCGGCGUCGUCGACUUUGACGAGCACGUCCACCUGCGCGCCCUGAACCGCUCGCCGCAUCCCUAUCACCGCGGCUCCCACGAGAUACUCUCCAACGACUACGACCGCCUAGCGCCGCCGCCCACAACCACGCGCCACGUACCACCUUCGCCGACCUUUCCCAAAGAUUCCACAUCUGUCAGUGACAGCGGCACCGAAGCCGACGAUGAGCACUUCCUGCGCGGCCUUCCCGCACCUAGGGUGAAGCUACACAAGGGGCUGCGCGGCCGCAACGAGGUGCUGUCGGGCACGGCGACGCCUGUCUCGCCGUCCAUCAUAGAGGAGGAGCAGGAGCCGCUGCUCGGAAAGGACGCGGCCGCGAAAGUGAGCGCCUCGGGGAGUGUCCUGUGCAGCCCGCUGCGGCGCUAUCGCAAUGUCGUGCGCCGCCUCACCGAGGGGGGUAUCAUGGCCCUCCUUGGCGCAUUCGUCACCAGCAACUCGCACGUGGCACCUAUAUACCAAAAAUGGAACAAGGAUUUUAAGCUAUUUCUCGCCCUUGCCGCGACGCUCACAGCCGUCUACCCUCUUCGAGUUCUACUAUGGUCAUAUCGCAAACGAAGCCCACGGCGAUGGCUACCACUUACCAUCCCCGCCAACUUCGACCCUGCGCCGCUACUAUACCCACCAGCUAUCACAAUCCUGGUGUCACUUCUCAUUUCCGUUGACAACGUAACCGUGUUGCUGCCCAAUCUCAUCCUUAGCAUCAGCGCCCUCCCACAGCAACUCUUCCCGAAGCUCGAACACACUGCGUACUACGACACGCUGCAAUGGGCAGUGACAUGUCUUCCUCUGCUCUGGGGGAAAGACCAUGGCAGCUAUCUGCACCAAGAUUCUGCCAAUCUGCCCAUGUCGGUAGAAGCUAUUGUUCUGCUGUAUCCCUUGCACAGAACCCUCUGCUUGCUCCUGCACUGCCUGACCACAACCAGCCUACUUACAGCCGAGCUUCAGCUGCUCUCCAUUGCUCUCAUUGAUAUCCUCGUCCUCGGCAAGUCGCCGCAGAUGCAAAUUCUCAAGGCGCUGCUCUGGGGAGGCGGCGUCGGUGUCCUCGUCCUCUGCGGCGCGGUGAUCCGAUGGGGAAUCGCGCUCGCCCGUGUGCCCAAGUGGCGCUUCCGCCGACUACCCAGUAGCCAGAAGCCGCCCGUCUGGAAGUCCCUACUACGGCUACUCUCUCUACGACGACUCCGCGCCGAGUUGCGCGGCCUGCAGCCUGAGGAUCCGGCGUACUCGACGUCGUACUCGUCCGAGGAUGAGGCCGAGAACGGACCCCCGUUUCGCCCGCCCACCAGAGUACGAACUUUGGGUCCCAUGUCAACGUCCCUCGGCGCAGAACCUAGCACGGCGGUGGGUACUACCGAGUACGACGAGGAUGGCAUAGAGGGCAUCUCGCGACGACACACGCUGCCCAUCCUAGACCAGUUGGCACGUCGGGCCAACGCGCAUACACCUUCGGGCCGGCGAAAACGCGCAACCUCAAUGUCUGUCCGACCAUUUCUCAAACUCACGUACGAGCAAGCCACAAUCCGGAAAUGGACUUACGCGGCCUACGUGUACGCUUGCAUUGUCCUGCUGAUCUUGGUUGGCAUCCGCACCUACGUCGCGCGCUACGCGCUGUCGAGCCAAGAGCCCAUCGGCUGGGCCCUGGGCUACCUAUUCGGCGACAUCCCGUGGUUCCGUCUGCAAGUCGUGACGGCGAAUCUGGAACGAUGGAUAUGCCUUCCCCCAAACCACGUCAAUACACCGGACGCCGCUGUUGCCGGCCUUGGUUGGGUCGAGAAGCUGCGCUUGCAGCACUUUGGUGCCGCCACGACACGCCUCCUCCUCAGCGGCUACUGGCUUGCCAUACUAUUCGCCGGGCUUCUCGUUGUCUUGCAUCUCAAAGACACCUACGAGGUCGACACCCGCCGCAAGGUCUUUCACUUUAUGAUGGUCGGCAUGUUUCUGCCCGCGCUUUACGUGGACCCGACCUAUGCCGCGCUCGCGCUCGGCCUGAUCCUCGCCAUAUUCCUGAUCCUCGACCUGCUCCGCGCCAGCCAGCUGCCGCCGCUAUCCAAGCCCAUUGCCAGCUUCCUGGCGCCCUACGUCGACGGCCGCGACUUUCGCGGUCCCGUCGUCAUCUCCCACAUCUUCCUCCUCAUCGGCUGCGCCAUCCCCCUGUGGCUGGCGCUCGCCAGCAUCGGCCGCGUGGGCCAGGGCUACGUCGCCGGCUGGGAGGCUCCCACGCGCGACGCGAGUAUGCUAGCCGGCGUCAUCUGCGUCGGCCUCGGCGACGCGGCCGCCAGCCUCAUCGGCCGCCGCUACGGGCACCGCAAGUGGCUCUGGGGUGGCGGCAAGAGCAUUGAGGGCAGCGUGGCGAUGGCGGCGGCCGUGUGCGUGGGGCUGGCGCUUGCGAGCGCGUGGUUGAGGGUGGGUGGGUGGCCGACGGCGGAUGAGCCGCUCGGUGUGCUGGCGGCGGCGAGAAACGCAGGCGUGUGCGGCUCGCUGGCGAGUGUCACAGAGGCGGUCCUGACGGGCGGUAAUGACAAUGUCAUUGUGCCUGUUGUGCUGUGGAUGUGUGUCAAGAGUUUGGGGGUGUAA